UGCCCGUCGCAGGCAGACUCGACCGAACUGGCGCUACCUUACAAGAAGAUCGAACGGCCCGGACAGCUCCCAGUCCUACGCUGCCAUCCAUCCAGGAAAGGUGCAAUCGUGUUGUGCUCGCGCAUCUCGCCUUCCCCAUACCGAAUCAACUAUUCCGCGAGAACUCUAUCAUGGAGAAAGGUUCCAAUUCAGUAAACGGCCAAAUUAGUUUCGCGAAUAGUUUCCACUAGCCGCGCGCACGUGCAUCGAAGGAAGAACACGACGUUCGUUGUAGGAUCAGACAGAUCGAGGGAAGCAAUGUUGACUUGGACACGGUCCGGUAGAUUCCACUCUCAUCAUUAUAGCGCUCGCUGAUUGCCUGAGUGACUCCAACGUGCGAUUAUUUUUUUUUCUCCAUAUCGCUCGCUCACUUAUUCCCGCAUUAUCAGAACCCAGCGCGCCGGCUCUUGUGUUGGUUCAGAAUCGUCCGUCGGUGCAGUUGCAGACAGAUCAGAACAGAAUAAGACUUUUCUGCACUGUCAACUACCUGGCUACAUAGAAACAGAGAACUUUCUUCGUCGUGCGGAUUGCCACUGCUGAUAAGGGUGAGAGUGCCGCGCCAAAGUGUUGGAAGACCUGUGAACUAUCCUAUCUGUUGUGAGAUUAUUUUUGGUGUGCAGCAUCCCGAGCAUGUCGUCGCUGAUGGAAAAACGCAAAUUCCCGGGCCUGGAGGCCCGCUCCAAGAUGUUCCUCCGGAGCAAUUCGUUCCAGAAGCUGUGCGCACUGGCCCAGCCCAUGCGGCUGAAAGGCUUCAAGUCGAACAAGGAAGCCCUCAAAUCGGUGUUUGAAUCGCUCAUCGUCACGACACGUGGCGUCAUCCAGUCGGUCACGUACAGAAUCCUGUGCUUUCUGUUCUUGACACCGUUCAGUAAGCUGGUUAGGGAACCGUUAGCAGCCGUCGAGAAGGAUGGCCGGUUCCAAACCGUUCGGUUGUUCCUUAAACUCACUCUGUCGAUGAUAAUUUCGGACGAUAAAUCUGCAGUAAAAUGUGAUAAUGGCCGCUUUGACUGUUCGAUAAAUGAUGAACCGGUGGUGAGCCGAUUGGUUGACUGCGUGGAUGCCGGCGUGCAAACUGAUCCCGAAUCUUCAGAUUCUGAAGAGCCAUCUCUGGAGCAGUUCUUCGACUGCAAGGAAGACACUCCUCCCAGUGCUGUUCCGGCGAAACCACCAACCGACGAACUAUUGCACAGAUUGCUGGAGAGGUCCCCCUCAUGUUCACAGCCGGACACAUUGCCGACCCAGAGCAGCCAACUUCCGCUCAAAUUGACCGUCUAUGCCUGCAUGUUGGGAUGUUUCGUCCAGCUAUCAGCACUUGUCUACUUACUGAACGUGGCGACGAGUAUUCCGCCCGGAUUAGUGUUUCUGAUUUUGUCGGUCAUCUACAUCGGAUACGUGAUGAUGAGGAUCACCUUCAACCAGUGCUUACCGCUGAAACAGGGCACCGAACCGGGCCACGUAAAAGCCUCAACGACCGCGACCGCGACCGCGACGACGGUCCACCCAGUGAAGCCUCCCUGCAAAGAGUCAACCACGAAGGCCAAAGAAAUUCAUCCCAUUUUGGGUGCGGUGCGCAAACAAGUGGCAUCGCUCCUACAGUGCAAGAAGAGGCUGCUGAUGGCGCCAACCAGUAAUGGCAGCAGGAUGAGCCGCUGCGACAUGGCACCCCGGAGCAGAAGCAGGCCUUCUGCCAGGAUGAUGCUCUCCGCGGAAGAUAAGACCAUCAGCAAAAUAAAACUCUUCUAGUGGGAGGGUGAUGGGGACCCACGAAAUGCUAACAAGGCUUCCAUCGCGGAUCACACGAACGCGAUGGGAGACACUUUCAAUGCCAAAAAUUUGAAAACCACCACGGACGACGGGCGGGCGGACGGGAGAAAGACAGCCACCUCCAUAUACAAACAGCCAUCAUCAUAUUAUAACACGGACCAAACAUGAAAGCAAUAUUGAAACGUCCUACAUGCAAGCGGCCUUUUGCUACUUCACACCAAAGGGUAUACGACGUGAAAUCAAAUUCGGCGGAAUUCAAUAAAUUGAAGAGUGCAUUAAUCAAUUAUUCCGUUUGUGCUGUACUGAUACAAAUACGUAAUAAAAUACAACUCUAUUGGCUAGUCUGUAUACAGACUAAUAAACAAAUGUGUUUUUUACAGCACCAAUAAGA